AUGAGUCUCAGCGUGGAAAAGAUUCUCCUCUCCUACCUGGAGAUCGACUUACCGCGCACCAAUGAGGAGCUGAGGGAGGAGCUGAGUCUGUUCGCGGGAGGGAAGCCGAGGCUACAGGGACGGGCGCUGUUUCAAUCAGAAGGGGAACUGGAAACGGAUGGAAAUGUCCAACUAAGGGAUUCAGGCACAAUUGCCUAUGAAGGGGUAGAACAGGAAGUGGAUGAGGAGUUGUGCCGCAGGAUCGCCGCGCAGUUGGCAGAGAUGGGGGAUAAACUGGAGCGAGAGAUGAAGAUAAAACCAGAGGUGGUUAAUGGGCUGGUGGACGCCAUGCUGAAUCAGACCCUAUUGGAGGAGCAUUUGGCGGCCACAGUGCAGUCGCUGGUGCAGACUGUCCCCCCCGGGGUGGAGCAGGAGAUGGCCGCGGUGGCCAUAGCCAUGAUCCUGACCAAGAAGGCAGUGACCAACGCCCCCUCGCUGCUCCAGAACAUCUGCCGCACCACAACGCGCUUUGUAGAGAGGAACUACCGCGCUUGUUUAGAGCGUCUGGCCAGGCAG